AUGGAUGUAGAGCUGUACGUCUACGAUCUGUCCAAGGGUCUUGCCCGGAUGUAUUCGCUCCCGUUAAUGGGCACGCAAAUCGAUGCCAUUUACCACACGUCUUUGGUGUUAAAUGGCAUGGAGUAUUUCUUUGGUCAAGGCAUCCAAACCGCUACCCCUGGAAACACACACCAUGGACAGCCCAUGGAGAAGCUCCACCUAGGACAGACGGAGCUCCCCUCAGAUGUGAUAGAGGAGUAUAUCUCGUCGCUUGGAGAGAUCUAUACCCCAGAAUCAUAUGAUCUCUUCCUGCACAACUGCAACAACUUCACCCAAGACCUGGCCAUGUUUCUCGUUGGCACAGGAAUCCCAGAGCACAUCCGGAACCUGCCCAAGACUUUCCUGGAGACGCCCUUGGGGCAAAUGUUGAGGCCUCAAAUCGAAAAAUCUCUUUCCGGCGUAACGCAAGCAUCUGCGCCAAGCAGCGCCCGUAAUUGGCCCGCGCCUGCUGUGCCAUUCCACGGCAAGGUCCGAGUGGUUAACAAUCUCCCGCAGCUCGAAGAACAGCUCGCCUGUGCGUCGCACUCCUGCGCAGUCAUCUUCUUCACAUCGGCGACAUGUCCCCCCUGCAGGAUAGUCUACCCUGUAUAUGACCAGCUCGCCGAAGAAGCCAGCAACAAAGCUGUCCUCAUCAAGGUAGACGUCAGCACAGCCCGCGACGUCGGAAUGAAGUACAGCGUGCGAGCAACUCCAACCUUCAUUACAUUCCUCAAAGGCUCAAAAAUCGAGCAAUGGAGCGGCGCAGACCCAGCCCGACUCCGAGGCAACGUCCGUCUACUUGUGCAAAUGGCACAUCCCUCCCACCACCACCGCCAACUCCAUCUCCCCAGCCUCCAACGCCCUAUCACCAACUUCGUCGCGUACAAGAAAUCCCCUCCCCUGGAAAAACUCAUCCAGAAACUCCACCCCCACCACGAAGACCCCCGUCUCCUCUCCAUCAUCGAUUUCAUCAAUUGCCGCAAUGCCUCCCCGGCCGACACCCCUCUCCCAGACUCUCUCCCAUCCUUCAGCACCUACCUCCAAACUACCGCAGAGGCUCUUCCCCGCGAGAAUCUCUUUGCCCUCGUUGACCUUGCCCGUCUCCUCUUCCUUGAUCCCCGUGUAGCAGGAUACUUCGCCGAAGAACCAGACCACAAGACCAUCCUCACUUUACUUUCCCCCUCCGAAGCCCUCUCAUCCUGUCCAUACACCCUUCGCAUCAUCAUGCUCCAAUUCACCUGCAACCUCUUCCUUUCACCUCUCUACCCAGACCUCCUCGUCACGUCUUCGUCCUUCAAACUCCACGAAACCUGUCUCCGCCUCGCAACAUCCUGUCUCCUAGACUCCCAUACAAACCUCCGCGUCGUAGCCGCCUCCCUCGCCUACAAUAUCGCCGCACACAACCAUAACGCCCGGUUCUCAGAAACUCCAGACAAACUCUCCGAGGAAGACCAAGUCGAACUCACCGCGUCGCUAGUAGAAGCCAUCACCCAAGAGGAAGAGAGUCAGGAAGCGCUGCACGGAUUGCUAUUCGCCUUGGGACUGAUUGUGUACGAAGCUCCAGACGAAGGAUCCGUCGUGGACCUCUGCAAAGCCAUGGGAAUUGCAGACACCAUAACAGAUAAGAAGAAGAUAGGUUCUUUGGCGAAGGAAUCGUUGAUCAAAGAGGUCGGAGCGGAGUUGUUGCGGAAGGGGCUGUAG